AUGCAGUCAAUUUUGAAACAAAAGACUGCACUUCGAUCUAUGUUUACAUCUGAAAAAUGGGUUAAUAGUGCUUAUUACUCUAGGUCGGAAGCCAAAUUUGCAGAAAAUGUUGUUUUGGCUGAUAAAAGGCUUUGGAAAUCAAUACAUUAUUGUUUGAAAAUUGUGUCUCCUCUUGUGAAAGUUCUCAGACUUGUGGAUGGUGAUUCAAAACCUGCAAUGGGAUAUAUUUAUGAGGCUAUGGAUAGAGCAAAAGAAGAAAUAGCAAAGAGUUUUAAUCAUGAGGAAAAGAGAUAUAAGGAUGUAUGGGAAAUCAUUGACAAGCAUUGGGAUUUGCAACUUCAUAGGUUCCACUAUGACCCAAAGUUUAACCCAGAUCGUGAGGUUAAAACUGGUUUGUGGAAGACAUUGGAGAAGAUGUGUCCUGAUAUUGAAACAAGGAUCAGAAUUGAUUCCCAAAUUGAGAAAUUUGAUAGGGCUGAGGGACUCUUUGGAAAUAGUUUAGCAAUUGCAACCAGAGAUAGGAAGCAACCUGCUUUAUGGUGGAAUAGUUUUGGAGAAGACUGCAAAGAGCUGCAAACAAUAGCUAUUCGUAUCCUAAGCCUCACUUGCAGUGCUACAGGGCAAAAACAAAGGGAGGAAAAAGGAGACACAUAUGAUCCUAUCUGCUUAUCAGAUUUAGAUUCCGACGAGGAAUGGAUUACUGAGCAAGAGGAGCCUUGCCUAAUGGAUGAGGAAUCUUGGAAGGAUGUUCAUGAGUGCUUCAACGCUAAUGAAGGAGACCAAAGUCCUCGAAAUCUUCAAGAUGAUAGGAAUGAUAGAGGCAAAGAACCUCAAAUUGUUGAACAAGAUAUAGGAGAUGAGUCAGAUGACUCUACUAAUGGAGAAGAUGAAGAACUAGAUAUGCCAAUACUAGAUGCUGAUAGUGAUAGUAGUGAUAAUAUUAGUCUUAAAAUAUGA